AUGGUUGAAAGUCCGUCUACCGCUACGUUGCGACAGAGAAGACAACCAUUCAUUAGGAUAGAAUAUGCGAUUCAGAUUUCUUUGGGAAACAUCGUUUUUCUUGAAGCACCCAUCACCAUUGGAGAGUUAUCGACUCACGACUCUUCCAACGUAUUGAAACCGUUUGUUGCCGGACCUCAACCGAUUGAAGAGGUAGACGAGACUCAAAGGAUUGCCAUCGGAGGACCAUUUAUGUACACUCCCGUAUACACGAUGAAGUUGAAUCCGUCGAACGAGGCUAAACCGACGUCAGAUGGUGUGCCAAGGCAAGGACCAACAAAGCCUGUGACUGAAGAGACUGUAACUGAACGAACAGAGCUGUUGAAACAUAACGCUUCUGAUAACGAACCUGCGGAUGUUGCCGUUACCAACGCUGACGUUUCACAACAUCAAGAACAACAUGAAACAGAACAAGUUGCACAACAGGACGUUGCUGAAACAGCUGAUGAAAACACAGAUAGUUCGCCAGCAACGGCACAAAAUGCUGAUACAGUUGAGGGUGAGGAGACAACAGUAAUCACCGAGAUUACCAAGGAUAAUGGUACAAAUGUUAUUCGAACCACGACGAAAACAAAACAUCUCGAUGGAAGUGAGUCGACGAUGGUACAAAUACACACAACAACUGCAUCAAUAACUAUUGAAGAUUGA